UAUUUUUUAAAUAUAACUUAUAAUGAAGACCAAAAAAUGCAAUGUUCCGCCUUUACCUGAGCCGCCGCCUCCCGACCCUUGUAAAUUACAGCGAAGAAGGCAAAAAGAAAAAGCAGGUAUUAAAAUAUGCCCAGAAAUUCCUAUAGUACCUCCACCGCCGCCACCAACGUGUCACGCUUUAUGCAUUGAAAAAAUAAAAAAUCCACCGAUCACGAUAACUAAUCAUCCUGUAGUCUGUGUUGUUGAGAGAGAACCCACAGGUACUGCUAGGUGUGACGAAAUAGAAAGACGUGCCGCUGCUCAGCCUACUCCUCCCUGGCCUGGUUGCCUCCCGCCCCCACCACUACCACCUCUCCCCGCUCCUGAUCUUUGUGAAGAACGGCAGAAGAAGAAACGCGUAGAGGAGUGCAAGGAGAGAAUGAAACGUUACAGACUUUGAUAAUGGAUGAGCUAGUUAAAAAUAAUGUUCCCAAAGGUUCAAACAUGGAUUCUAUGAUUGAAAAAUUUUGUACAGAAAUAAAAAAACAGCCUGAUAAAUACGUCGGAAGUACGAGACGGCUUACUGUCGAAUCUCCGUAUAACACUAAUACCGAUU